AUGGCACCAAUGCUCGGUGAUUGGGAUGCCCCAAACAAUGAAAGCAGAGUGCCGCAACUUGAUCCCACCUCCUCGACUAAGAGCAUCCUUUAUGUCGAUGCCUAUGACUCAUUCUCCUACAAUGUUGUCGCCAUGCUGGAGGAGACCCUGGGGGUCAAAGUCACAAUAAUGACUAUCGAUUCAGAAUGGCCCAAUUCCAAUAUGAAAGAGUUUCUCCAGCACUACGAAGCUGUCGUUCUUGGUCCAGGACCAGGAGAUCCCAACGUGCCUAGUGAUGUCGGUAUCAUGAAAGAUAUUUGGGACCUUCAUGACUCAGAGCUCCUUCCAGUUCUCGGUAUCUGUCUGGGCUUUCAAAGCCUUUGCCUUCAUCAUGGCGUUCCCAUCGAACGACUCCCGUACCCGAUUCAUGGCCAAAUCCACAAGAUUUCCACGUCGGCUAAGGAUAUUUUUGAGGAUCUACCGGAAGUAGAGGUGACGCUUUAUCACUCACUUUGUGCCAACUCGGCUGCUUCAACAUCGACCGAUUUGGAAUAUUUGGCUUGGCUGGCUCUAAAGGAUCGUCCGGAAACACAGAUACCCAUGGCGGUUCGCCAUCUUGAGAAGCCAUUCUGGGGUGUUCAAUUCCACCCGGAAUCCUGCAAAUCAGAAAUCAAUGCCUGCAAGGCACUGCUCCGGAAUUGGUGGAAGAUGGCUCUUGGAUACAACAAGCUCGUUGGACGCGGGGGAUAUUGUUCCCUUCCCAGCACAGUCAUCAGCCCCCACACAGCCCCUAGUGCAUUCCCUGGUAUUGCUUAUGAUAUGUUCAACUGGAGCAAGUCAACUUCGAAAAUUUCGUCUUUCCGGUCCCUCGACCGGCCUAGUUUGACCGCCGAGGCUAUAAGUGAAGUGUUCAACAAACCAGGUUCACCAGCAGUCCUUUUCCAAUCCAAUGGCCAAUACAGUAUCGCAUCGGUGCCGAGUCCUGGCUCAUGGCGGUUUGAAUACAAUGUUGAGACAGAUAAGAUUCGAAUGCUCCAGCUGUAUGGCGACUGUAAAGAGGUUGAGAGUUAUCUUACAGUCGCUCAAUUGUGGGAUGCCUUACGGUAUUUGAUGGAAAUGAAGAAAGUUGAUUCAGGAAAUUCUCAGGUGCCAUUCUGGGGUGGCUUCCUGGGUUAUCUCUCCUACGAACUUGGUCUCACUUGUCUUCCUCACACGGGCCAUGCGCAGGCUUCUAAGUCACCUAAGCACUCCAGCACCGGGAAAUCUGAUCCUUCCUUUGCGGAUCCACCCGAUGUCAGCCUUCUGUGGUGUGAAAGAAGUGUCGUGGUUGACAAUACUACUGGCACUGUUGUUAUUCAAUCCACUCGCGAUGAUGAUGCGGGUUGGCUUGAUGAGACACUGCAGCAGCUGCAAAACUUUUCGGACAGUGGCAAUGAUACAUCUGCGGAUCGGGGCUUGGACUCAAUUCUCCGGGAGAGCAAAAUUCAGCUCCCCGAGGAAAAGGAGUACAAACGACAAAUUGAGUCAUGCAAAGCGGAGCUGGAAGCUGGUGAAUCUUAUGAAUUAUGCCUAACCUCUGAGACGAAAAUCACAUUGCCAGUUCCAGAAUUAGAGUCGGAUCGUUUGAUGUUCCCCUGGAAGCUGUACAGACGACUCAAAACAUACAAUCCCGCUGCAUUCAGCGCUUUCGCAGAUCUAGGAGAUACAAAGAUCGCCAGCAGCAGUCCUGAGUGUUUCCUCAAUUGGGACCGUGAAUCGACACUGGAGAUGAAGCCAAUGAAAGGCACAGUCCGAAAAUCACCAGAUAUGACCAUGGAGAAGGCCUGUGAGAUCCUCGGCUCCACGAAAGAGAUGGCUGAGAAUCUGAUGAUCGCGGAUUUGAUCCGGCACGAUCUGUACGGCAUCUGCGGAUCAGGUGGCGUUCAUGUUGAGAAGCUGCUCGAAGUCGCAGAUUACGGCCGAGUCUACUCAAUGAUCACACACAUAAAGGGCAAGAUCCGGCCCAAUCAUCCUGGUUUCGCUGUGCGACAUAUUUCUCACCUGAAUACCCCCAACAUGUCCGUCCACGGCCUGACCACCCUCCAGCGGUGCCUCCCACCGGGAUCUAUGACUGGUGCGCCUAAGGAACGCUCUUGCAUGCAUCUUUGCACGAUUGAGAAUCGCAAGCGUGGCAUUUACUCCGGUGUGAUGGGUUUCCUGGACCUUGGCGGAGGUGGAAGCUUCUCGGUUCUGAUUCGCUCGGCAUUCACUUGUUCUGGUGGUCGAGAUUACACCGAGAAUAAGCAGCAGACAUGGCGAAUCGGCGCCGGGGGUGCCAUUACCGCACUCAGCACAGCGGAGGGCGAAUGGGAUGAGAUGUUGACCAAACUGCGUGUAGUUUGCAACGUCUUCACGCCGCUUGAUGCGGACGAGAGAUCAGCUACGACUUCUUAA